AUGCUCUCCUCUCCAUCCUGGCCUCCUCUCCUCCACCUCCUCCUUCUCCUCUUGCACCUCCUCCCUGCUCUCUCCUUUGAGAUAGGGGACUAUGCCCAGUGUAGGAGAGCUAAAUUCGUCCCAGGCUACAACCUUGUGGGGGAGGGCUUUGACGUGGUCACCCUGGAGCGUAAAGGCGCCUACCUGAUCAAUGUGGGUGCCUACAUGACCCCACGCGGCUCAUGUCGUCUCUAUCGAAACCCUCAUCAAGGAAACUAUCUGCAGAAACUUCCGAUCUCUGUAGCAGACUGGCGUCCAGUUACUCACUGUGAAGUUCAUCUGGAAGACACCGUCCACUCAUCCGCCAGUUCACUGAUCAACACAGUAACCAACCAGAAGACCCUCGAAUGGGAGGUUGGUCUAGAUCUGGAUAAGUUCGUUGGCCUGAAUGUGAGAGGAGGUCGUUCUAAAGUGUAUAACUUUGCUAGAACCAGAAGCAGCGAGGACCAGUUCAGCUUCAGUUCCCACAGGGUCAAUUGUACCUUUUACAGGUUCCGUGCCAUAUCCGCCCCACGCCUCAGCUGGGAAUUCCGUAAAGAUCUGGAAAGGCUCCCGAGUUACUACAACUCCUCAAGCGAGGAUGAAUACAGAAACAUCAUCGACACCUAUGGGACACAUUACAUCCGCAAGGUUGACCUUGGAGGGCAAAUACAACGAUUCACGGCUACACGGACCUGUUUGUCCAAACUCAACGGCUUCGCCUCGGAUAAAGCACACGAGUGUUUGUCUCUGGGUUUCAAAGUGGGUCUGGGGAUACUCAGUCUGUCCGCUGCCCAUAGUUCGUGCUCCAGGUUCCUCGAGAACCACGGUCUGUCCACCUUGUCCCACUAUCAUCUCCACAAGCACUACACAGAGGUGGUGGGAGGCCAUGGCUGGAAUGGGGAGUUUUCUCUGAUGAACCAGGACUCCCAGGGCUUCCACAAGUGGCUGGAAUCCCUCAAAGACCACCCUGACGUCAUCUCGUACCGACUGAGGCCCAUGUACAAACUGGUGCCAUUCAGGGUCCAAAGAGACGCGUUGAAAGCCGCCACAGACCAGUACUUAAAGGAGAACUCCAUCACGUCUUCAGACAGAAGGCCGUCCUGUGGCUACUCCUCCAACCACGACUGGAACUGUUGUCCCGAACAGACGGGGAAGGGGCAGCUGAAGGUGACCCUCAUUGGAGCCUGGAGUCUCAAAGGAGAUUGGUGGGGCCUCACUGAAGGGGAGUAUUUUGCUGUAAUAUCACAUGGUUCCCAGUCCUACAGGACCAGUACGAUCCGUUCAAACAACCCUCAAUGGAACGUCGAGUACAACCUGGGCUCGGUCUGGGUCGGACAGAGGCUGACCAUCAAGAUCAUUGAUGUCGACUGGAUCUUUGAGAAUGAGCUGUUGUCUUGUUCGUGGUGGACCGCCGUGGGGUCGCAGGGGCUGACCUGCAGGACUGAUAAGGGUGUCUACGCGGGUACCAUGACCCUGACCUGUGGACCCCACCUCAGUGGAGACCACUGCCACCAGUACCAACCCUACGUCAUGUGA